GCCUGCUGCCUGCUCCCGCCGCCUCACCCUGCCUCGGCCCGGCGCAGCUCCCGCUCCCCCAGCACCCGCAGCGGCCCGGCCCAGCAUGAGCGCGGCGGGCGGCAAGGCGACGCGGCCGGCGGCCCUGGCGGAGCCGGGGCGAGCGGGCGGCUCAGCGGCGGCGGCGGGCGGGAAGGAGGUACCGAAGGUGCUGGUGGACCCGCGGACCCGGCGGAGCUUCGUGCGCGGGCGGUUCCUGGGGAAGGGCGGCUUCGCGCGGUGCUACGAGCUGGCGGAGGCGGAGAGCCGUGAGGUGUUCGCCGGCAAGGUGGUGCCCAAGUCGCUGCUGGUGAAGCCGCACCAGAAGGAGAAGAUGUCCAUGGAGAUCGCCAUCCACCGCAGCCUGGCCCACCGCCACGUCGUCGGCUUCCAGGGCUUCUUCGAGGACGCCGACUUCGUCUACGUCGUGCUGGAGCUCUGCCGCCGUAGGUCGCUGCUGGAGCUGCACAAGCGGCGGAAGGCGCUGAGCGAGCCCGAGGUGCGGUACUACCUGCGCCAGACCAUCCUGGGCUGCCAGUACCUGCACAGCCACCGCGUCAUUCACCGGGACCUCAAGCUGGGCAACCUCUUCCUCAGCGACGACAUGGAGGUGAAGAUCGGUGACUUUGGCCUGGCCACCAAAGUGGAGUACGAUGGCGAGCGCAAGAAGACCCUGUGUGGGACCCCCAACUACAUUGCCCCGGAGGUGCUGGGCAAGAAGGGGCACAGCUUCGAGGUGGACAUCUGGUCCCUCGGCUGCAUCAUGUACACUCUGCUGGUGGGGAAGCCGCCUUUUGAAACUUCUUGUCUAAAAGAAACGUACAUCCGAAUCAAGAAGAACGAGUAUACUAUUCCCAAGCAUAUCAACCCUGUAGCUGCUAACCUCAUCCAGAAGAUGCUGAGGUCCGACCCUGCCACGCGCCCAACCAUUGACGAGUUGCUGAACGACGAGUUCUUCACGUCGGGGUACAUCCCCAGCCGCUUGCCUACCAGCUGUCUCACCGUUGCACCUCGAUUUUCAAUUGCUCCCAGUGGACUCGAACUGAACGGGCGAAAGCCGCUGACUGCCCUCAACAAAGGACCAGACAGCCCUGCGCUAGAGAACUUGCCCGAAAAGGAAGAUGUAGCUGGGCUGCGGGAGCUGGGAGAUGCUGUCGACGGUCACUUAGCGGACAUGUUACAGCAGCUGACUGCAGUCAACUCGGCCAAGCCCUCCGAGAGAGUGGCAGUGCGACAAGAAGAAGCUGAAGACCCAGCCUGCAUUCCCAUCUUCUGGGUUAGCAAAUGGGUGGACUACUCGGAUAAAUAUGGUCUAGGUUACCAGCUGUGUGACAACAGCGUUGGAGUUCUCUUCAACGACUCCACUCGUCUUAUUAUGUACAAUGAUGGGGACAGCUUGCAGUACAUCGAGCAAAACAGCACCGAGUCCUACUUCACUGUGAGAUCCUACCCCUCUGCCUUGAACAAGAAGAUAACGCUAUUGAAAUACUUCCGGAACUACAUGAGCGAGCACUUGCUGAAGGCGGGUGCUAACAUCACGCCGCGGGAAGGAGACGAGCUGGCCCGUUUACCCUACCUCUGCACGUGGUUCCGGACCCGCAGCGCCAUCAUCCUGCACCUCAGCAACGGCACUGUGCAGAUCAACUUCUUCCAGGACCACACCAAAGUCAUCUUGUGCCCUCUCAUGGCUGCUGUCACGUACAUAGAUGAGAAACGGGACUUCCGCACGUACAAGCUGAGCCUCAUUGAGGAACACGGAUGCUGCAAGGAGCUGGCCAGCCGGCUCCGCUAUGCUCGCACCAUGGUGGAGAAGCUCCUCAGUUCAAAGUCUGGCUCAGCCCGUGUGAAACCCUCUGCUUAGACCUUGUUCUCGAUGGACUCAACAUCUGUGCCAAACUGUCCCAGCUGUGGAUGGGGAGGUCUAGUAGCAUCCCUGCUCGCGUUGUAACCUCCCAUCGCACAGCUGGGCUCCCACUCCUGGCGACGGUCUAGUUGCCACAAGGAAGCCCCUGAUGCUGUGGAAACAGCGUUGCUCACUGACUGGUACCCAAAGGUUUCUUGCUCCCCACUCCUAAUAGAAAGUCUGUUUUUUUAAUUGCAUACCUAGUCUUUUUUUCUAACUUCCCAAAACCAAAAGCCUGACUCAAAAACCAACCCUCUUGUUUGAGGCACCUGGGCCUUCUCUUGAGAGAACGAAGCACGGGGAGAGCAGAACUAUCAUGUAAGUUAUUUGUACAUGUCUGUGCCAAUGCUCUCUAGGCUUUUGUUUCCUCUUGUAGAAAUUCAGGUAAGAUAUUUAACAGGCCCAGGGUGAGACUGAGCAAUCAGCCUUUUAAUACCGAAAUUAAUCUACAUGAAACAAACUUUUGUAUAUUGCAUAACUUGAUUAAAGAUUGUUCGCUGCAGC